CUCAGCUUUUACUUAAGUACUAUUUCGCGGUAACGCGUUUUUCGAAGAUUGGACGAACGCAAUUUCUCGUUAAUUAAUUUGAACAAUCGCAAUUUGAAACGCGGGCAAUUUUUUUUAAACGAAAUGGAUCACCUGCCCGCUCUGCAUCGUCGCGUUAGUCGAAGAACAGUGGUCGACGUGGUGACAAUCACUUAAACGGAAUGGGCUCAAUUUGAACCCGGGGAACCGUACACAAUGUAUAAAAAUUCCCACCACCAAUCGCAUUCGUAACGCCUCGCAAAGAUUUCGAACGAAAUGGCCGGAAAUGCGACGACACCGUCGCGUCAAAAGUUGCCGUUCUUCCCGCCGAAAACAAUUAAAGAACACGACGAAGAUGUCGACGCGAUCUACGACAAACCCAAGUUUAAAAUCGGAGGAGAUUCGCCGCUAAUUUCGCGAAGAAGUAACGGCGAAUCUGCUAUAGCAAAGGGGCCAAAUAUCGAUCAGUUUCCGGCGGGUGCAAUGGCUAGUUUGAAUAGAAUCGGAACGGACGUCAGCUUGGCCAGAAUUUCCACCUGGAACAGCUCCUUGUAUGGCGGACUUCAAAGGCAAGGAAGCUCUAGAAGAUCUUUUAGACCAAAUGCCACGCGUAAAAUGCGGCGCAGGGCUGUGUUCAAAAAUGGCGACUGCAACAUACUCCAAUCGAGAAUCUCCAAACGACGACUGCGCUAUCUCCAAGAUAUAUUCACCACCCUGGUCGAUUCGCAAUGGCGAUGGACGCUCACAAUAUUUUCCAUCGGUUUCUUGGGUUCCUGGCUGUUGUUCGCCCUGAUAUGGUGGCUUAUAGCUUUUACACACGGCGACCUUGACGAGAGCCAUCUACCGAUGAUGCAAGCUGAAACUAAUUGGACGCCGUGCGUCUUGAACAUACAAGGGUUUACCUCUUGCUUUCUGUUCUCCAUCGAAACUCAGCAUACAAUCGGUUACGGUGUCAGAACUACUACCGAAGAGUGUCCUGAAGCGAUUUUCGUUAUGUGCCUCCAAAGUAUUGCAGGCAUGAUAAUUCAGGCGUUCAUGGUCGGCAUAGUGUUCGCAAAGAUGACGCGUCCCAAGUUGAGAACGCAGACGCUGCAGUUUUCAAAGAACGCCUUGAUCUGUCAGAGAGACGGACAUUUCUGUCUGAUGUUCAGGGUAGGAGAUAUGAGAAAAAGUCACAUAAUCGGAGCUAGUAUUAGAGCCCAACUGAUACGGGCGAAGAAAACCAAAGAAGGUGAAAUUCUGAGCAAUUUCCAAACUGAACUGCCGGUUCACGCAGACGGUUGCGAUGGAAAUUUGUUCUUCAUUUGGCCCAUGACGAUCGUACAUAAAAUCAACGAGGAGUCUCCUUUUUAUUACUUGUCGGCUAGUGACAUGUUGCAAGAAAGAUUCGAAAUUGUUGUUAUACUAGAAGGAACAAUCGAAAGCACAGGCCAAACGACUCAGGCUAGAUCGAGUUAUUUGGCGAGCGAAGUCCUAUGGGGCCAUCGGUUCGAGUCAGUAGUUUCGUACAACAAAGACAGGCAGGGCUUCGAAGUAAACUACUCGAAAUUCGACAAUACUUUGGCGGUCGAUACGCCACUGUGUUCAGGGGCGGAUCUCGCCGAGUUUUAUAGGAUACGAGACUUGCCCGAUGAUGAAAAAUCUCGACGCGCCACCGACGACAAAUUUAUACUGCAGUCCCCGCCUCCACAGCGCCCUCUCAACGCGAUAUCAGAAACUAACGGAAAGACAAAUCGCCAGAACAGUUUUUUUGGUGAAAACGACGAAACCCAACCGUUCCCAACAAAUUUCGUGUAAUUCGAAUAAACAAAUAUCUACCUAGCAAAUCUUGUAAGGUAAAGCCAUAUAGCUAUUAGAACAUAUAGUGGCCGUAAGUAUAAAAAAAUUGAUGCGCCUCUGGCGGCUAAUCUGCACUGUGCACCAUAUUUAGCUGAAGAUUUGGUCACAAACUCAGAACUGUCGAUCAGCGGCCAUGUUGAGUGGUGAAUACCGCUGGCUCUUAUUGAUUGAAAGCCUAAUUUCAAAUGACCAUGUGCAUCUCGACACUUUCUCAUGGUGGCUUCAAGGCCUCUACAUAUCUAGUAGCUAUAUUUGUAUAAAUUGUCUCAAAGUAUAUCUGUCGUCUUUCCUUUUCAUGGAAAUUAUCGAAAUAAUCUGCCGAGGGCUAUAAAACAGCUAACCAAUCGAUAUUACCAAUCCACAGUGGCCAUUAAUAUUAAUUACAAUGGGCUCUAUGUUAUUUGGCGUGCAAAUAUAAGAAUCUUAAAAUAAAUCAAUGAAUAAAUUAUUGGUUGUGUACGAACAUAUACAAAAUGUAGUGUAGUCUAACCUAGGAAAGAGUUGAGGAAAAAAGGCACAGUACAAUUAAUAAAUAUACAAUUUGAAACAAAAAAGAAAAAAUGAUGAAAAAGACUUAGAACAUAAAAACCAAAGAAAGAAUUAAGUUACAAGUUACUACUCAUGAAAGUGUUAGUUUAUUUAAAGAAAAUAGAACCACAAUAGUCUCUCCGCUUUAGAAUUACUUGUGAUCGCGUGGAGAUGUCCCGUAAUCUAUUACAAAUUUUGUCUAAUCGCCAUAAGAAAUGAACGUUCGACAAUCGAAACUAACCAAAAAGGUUUUUUCUGUACGAGUUGGCGAAAAUUAAAUAUUAUGACAGUUUGUGUACAGUUAUGGUUACUUACGCUUCUUUUCGUCUCGUUUGGCCCAAAAUCAGGUUUAUUGUACACCGCUUCCAACAGCAAACUAUACAACUAAACAAAUGUGAACAACCUGGUUCCAAAUGAAAAAUAAAAACAAAUGACACAAACGGAAAAUUUAUUUUAGGUACAAAAUUCAUGACCUAAACUGUCAACAUUAAAAAAUGUGGCAACGUCGCACGUAGUGAAAACGAGCUUUCCAGACGUAGCGACACGAAUAUGAGUCACUAGAAGUUAAAUGAUGAAUAAUGAAAAACAGAAAUCAAAAUAAUGAAGAGUUAAGCGGAAAUGCUGAAAAAGCAAAUCUCAAAAUUUCAGAAAAGUUGUCAUUUUAGGCAAGAUUUUCAUUUUUUGUACCUUUCUAAGCAUUUUCUGAUUUGAAGCAGUUUACUAAGAGUGCAUCUGACUAUAGCGAUAUUAUGAGGUCAUAUUUGAAUUGGAAAUAUUGUUAUUAUUUUAAGCACUGUAUUUUUCAAUUUUUCAUAAUUUGAUUUAUAUUUCCCACGGACGAUUUUUGUAAAUUCUUGUCAAGGAAGAAUAUUUAUGAAAUGUGGGAAUUUUCUUCCCAAGUUUAUUAUCAUCACUCGAUUCAAACUCGUAAUAAAAGAAACACCAAAAAUAUCAUUUCUAUUUCUAAGUAAUUUUUUCACAACUACGCAUACUGAACCUACAUUCAUAAUCUAUGGAUUGGGUUCACGGUGCAUUAUACCGAGUGACUCAAAAAUAUGCGGCAUAACCCAAAUUUGGUUUUUCAAAGUUAGCACACUUAGUUGUCCUACAAUAUCCAUGAUCUUAUCAACAUACCGCCAUCAUGUAAAAAUUUUAAAUUUAACAAAAUAAGGUGUUUUAAAUCCUUAGAAUGUUGAUAAAAGUUACUAAUAAUUAUUUAUUCAGUUUGAUUUUUGGGAUUUUGGGAAAUACAAAUGAAAAAAAAAGUAAGCAUUGAUCGACGUAUGUAAAUGACCUUUCUUAAUUUUAAAAGUGUUCUAUCGACUGUUACAAUAAAGUUAUACACCCUGUAUGCUACUAGUAUAUGGUGAUUCGAGAUAAACAAUUCUGUACAGAUUCCAAAGCGCAACAGAGGUCUGAGAGCAUUGAAGUUGGCUUUAGUUGGAGGAUUUAUGGUUGCUGUGGCUGGUCACAUUUAAGGUUGUGGAUUUGUUAUAUUGUUUUUGUGUGAAAAGUUCUGUGAUAUGCCAGUGAAAAUAUUACUCAAUAUGUAUUAUAUCAAAUUUAAUUCAUCCUAGUUUUAUUGAUCGAGCCUUUUUAAGGCGAUAUUCGGUUAGCUCCACUGCCACUGCCAGCUGUCCGUAAACAAACUCGUGACUAAAGUCAUAAUUUUAAAAGCUUAAUAUGAGUAUCAUUUGUUUUGUACCAUGUGGAUAAAUAUGGAUAUAGAUCUCGGUAACUAUAAGAACUACGAACUCAGUGGUGAAAAUCAGAAUUAUGGUCUUUUAUUUUCAUCAACAAUCAAGCUAUCAGCAAGUUCGAUUUUUCAAAGAUUCCGGCAAACGUCUAUUGCUUUCCUUGUUUCUAAAAUAUUAAAAGAGAAAUUUACGACGAGCGACCCGACACAUCUAUCAAUAUACCAUAGACGCGCGAAAGAACACCUGAUCGGCGCAGCGACCAAUAAUUAUAAACGCGGGAAAGAACACCUGAACAUAGACCGCGCCUUUCGAGAUAUAACUCGAACAUUAAUACUCACCACCAGAAGGCGCUGCGAUCAAUAAAAGCGAAACAAAGUCGAAGUUAUGAUCGCUUAAUGAUUUUAAUUGUUCUUUUGAGAGGAACAAAUUUUGACUUCCGUUGAAGUUUUUCGCGAAAUAACGAAAAUAAUUUAACCGUCGCGUUUAACAAACGUGAACGAUUUUAGUUGUUUUGAACACGCAGCAAUUGGUGUUCUUCUGAUGCGAUUCGUGAACAUGAACGAGAUCUUCUUUAAAUACCGUGUCCUCCCAGAACAUUGCCGAUCAGUUCAUCAUUCCAUACCACUGGCAAGCAUUUUUGAGGCAAACUUUGGCGAUGGAGCAAUUUAUAUUUUUUAUUUCAUAUUACGUGGGCAAAAUACUGCAGCGCUCUUGAACCUUGUGCACACUGUUUGAGUGAGUGUUCAUGCUUCCAACGUAAUAAGCUCAUUAAGCUUUUAAUUAUAUUGUUGAUUUUGCUGAGGACUAUCUCAAUUGUUUUUCUUUAUAUCUACAAUCUUAAAUUACCUGCAAAUCAUCUUUGUCUGUUGUUAAUAAGACCGUGUCGUCAGAGAUCCUGAAUAGUAGCUUCUCUGGAUAUUUUUUCUACAUAUAAAUUACACAAAAGGGGGGAAACCACACAGCCUUGUCGAACUCCUCUCACAAUUGGUAACAGGUACUUCUUCAGAUAUCUCGCCGUCAAAUUUUAUGUCAGCUAUUUGGUGCCCGAUCAUAGAUAAAUUAAAGAUAGUCGACUAUAUAGCAACGGGAAUGGGGGGAAAAAUAUUUUGACACCCACGGGAAAUAAAUCUGCGUGCACUAUUUCGGGCAGCACUGGAGCCAGGAGGUGAAGAUAUAUUUAUUUGAAAUUGAAUGUAAUGUCGCUUAGGCAUUGAUAAGGGUAGAAAAUGUAGCAGGCGUGCAACAAAUACGUAGGAAAUUCUAAAAAUAUUGAAAAAAGAUUCCAGGCAGAAAAUUCCAAAGGAGAUUGGAUACAAACAUAGAGUUAAAAGCUAUUUUAUCCCAGAUGUAGAAAAGCUAGAUAUAUCGACUUCGUGUUACAAUGUAGGCUGCUGUUAGAUCUGCAGAAGAUAGAGUUGGAAGAAUUAAAGGAACUACGCCAAGAGCAAGAGAACGACCCCAAUUAGAAACUUCUCUUACGAAAAAAUUCUUACUAAGCUCCAUGGGAUUUCCUUGACUUUGCUUUGACAAUGGGCGCCUAAAACAUGCGCUGAAGAAUAAGGAUGGUUUAUUGGGAAGAGUUGCAAAGAGAAGAGUUUACGAAGUUUCGGAGCAAAAGAAGACAUACUAAUGUCUUCAAUAUGGUUCCUUGUGUGCACCGCGCGCUUUUGACCACUUGAUAUUGUGUUAUUUGGUCCAUACAUAUUCCGCGAUUCCUACUCUUUGGAUUCCAUGUUUUUCCAUUCUAAUGUUUAAAGGCUUUCUCGAUUCUCCACAUUCACAGAGUAUUUGCUAGAUACACUCUUUCUUUUGAGUCUUUGUCUGUCUCUUGGCUUUGUUCUUGUAAGUAUACUCCUUAAUGUCGUCCCAAACCCGAAUUGUUUUGCUAUUCGACUGAUCUUUUUUAAGAUUCGCUUCACGCGAGACUAGCGAGACUGGCGUUUCGGUCUCGUAGCUAUGCGUAUGCUAAUGUGAUGUUGCCGCUAUUACUCAAAAAUAUACAUGGUUUUGAAUUUUUACAGCAACUGUCCUACAUCAACAUACUCCCUGCGUUUCAACAAUAACUUGACAAUAUAAUAGCAUGUAGAAUGUUGAAACAACUUGUACUUUUUGCCAGAAUGUAAACAUAAUCGGUAAAAACAGUUCAGAUAUUCGCGUCAUCGCUCAAAAGUAAGACACAUACACCUUGCACUGCACCAGGAUGCAGCUCUUGGACCCUACCUAGCAACCAAUAUAAGGGAGGCAGGUUCGGGUCCUUCAGGAUGACAAUGGAGUUGAUUCUGAUUUAAUCUUGUGGAGAUUUGACGUGACUGUAACUGUUGCAGAUAUUCUCUAUUUGUAGCAAAUAGUGGUAUUUUGUUCGUGAUGAUUAUUCCCACCAACAAAAUUAGCUCCAUUGUGACUAAAAAUGUGAGUUGGCUUUCAUGUUCUAGAAAUAAACCUUUUAAAAGUAUUUAAAAAUGAUUCGGUUGUCAGAUUGCUAACAAGUUCUAAAUGUACGGCCUUUGUGGUCAUACAUACAAAUAGACACAAGUAGACUUUAGUAAAUUUGCGAAUUCUAAGCUUUGUCACUUUUAUUUCAAACGGACCUGCGUAGUCAAUCCCACAGCUUGUGAAUGGACGACAUGGAGCUAUACGAACAGGUAAGUCACCCAUUAAUGUAUUAUAAUACUUUUUUUGCUCUGAAACAAAUUAUGCAACUGUGUAAUACACUACGAAUGGUUGAUCGUCCUGACAGAGACCAGUAUUUUUGUCGAAUUAUUGCCAAAAAGAAUUGAAUGUUCAUGUGUAGGUUUUGAAUGUAUUCGUGUCGGAUAAUAAGUCUUGUGACUGAAUGUUUACGUGGCAAGAUUAUUUGAUGUUUGGUAUCAAAUGGAAGUUGAGAACAAGUCAACAGUCGUCCUAUUCUAAGGAUGCCGCAAGAAUCCAGAAAAGGUUUGAAAGAUUUAAGC